UUUCGGGGGGAUCAAUGUGAAACCAAUUAUAUCUACGCAUGAUCCAGAUGGGUUUGGAUUACCAUUGCGAUGAAAUUCAGUUCGCAUUUUGUGAGUGUGAUGUGAUGUGAUGGGAAGUAAAAAUAUGGGAAGUGGAAGUAGGAAUCAUUGCGAAAUAUGUUGUUAUCCUUGGUGAGCAAGCGCUCAUUAGAGGUUGAUUCGAGGGACGCCUAUGGAUUUGCCUUGAGACCUCAACACGUUGAGAGAUAUAGAGAAUACCUUAGUAUCUACAAGGAGGAAGAGGCAGAAAGGGAAGAGAAAUGGGCAGGCUUCCUUGAACGGCAGGAUGGCCCUGCUGCGCUCUGUUCUUCCGAGGAAGAAUUUCAGGAUAUAUUGCAGGCAGAGGCACCGGAACUGAGAGAAGAUGCUUCUUCAGAUGAAGACUCUGGAGCCAAUGAUUCAAGAAGCAAAAGCCUUGACUCUGAUAAUAUAAGCAAACAUGGAUCUAGUGAGGAAUUGCAUGACCAUGCACAAGGAAUCCCUGAAACAGGAAGAGAACUUUUCAUUGAGAGAGAACCUGCAAAGGAUGUACAACUUCAAACAGACCGUCAAAAUUUAAACGAGGAACUGCCUGGAAGAGACAGCGACUGUGUUAAGGAUGAUGGGCUUUUAGAAGAACCUGAAUCUGAAAAGGAGAGGCAACUUUCAGCAGAAAGUGCAUCUGAAGAGGAGAAACAGCUUCCCCAAGUAAGUGAACGUGUAGAUCAGCUACAGCUUAGACAAGAAAAUGGAACAGAAAAGUGCGUGACAGAACCAGAGGAACGUGAAUGUCAGCAAGAAAAAGAAGGGAAGAAGGAAGCAAAGGCCAGUAAAAUUCAAGGAUGGGCUCAUAUUAGACCUUCUCUCGGUUCCAUUGAGGCUAUGAUGUGCUCGCGUGUUAAGAAGGCAGAGUAUAUGAAAGACAGGCAGAGCGCUCAUACAGGGAGCCGUAUUUCAUCAACUAGCAAGUCAAUGCCGUCCAUAGUGGAAUCUGAAGAGAAUUUCGGGGAACAUGCCCCAGAUAGCGACACUUCCACCAGUACAAGCCAUGCUAGAAAGAAAGAAAACGAUGCUCACGAGAGUGUUUCCCCAGGGCCUUUCUUCCCUUGGUAUGAAGAACUGGAGGUACUUGUUCGUUUGGGAGUGCCAAAGGAUCUUAGAGGGGAGGUCUGGCAAGCCUUUGCGGGUGUAAAGGCAAGACGGAUUGAGAGGUAUUACCAAGAUAUGUUGGACCGGGUGACUAAUUCUGAAGAAGGCGAGGAACACAAGAGCUCGGCCUUAUGGAAGUGGAAAAGACAGAUUGAGAAGGACAUACCCCGGACAUUCCCUGGUCAUCCUGCUUUAAAUGAGGAUGGUCGAGAUUCCUUAAGGCGUAUACUUUUAGCUUAUGCUUGUCAUAAUCCAUCAGUUGGGUACUGCCAGGCUAUGAACUUCUUUGCUGGCUUGUUGCUUCUGUUGAUGCCAGAGGAAAAUGCAUUUUGGACCUUGGUUGGAUUCAUUGAUGAUUAUUUUGAUGGAUAUUACACCGAGGAAAUGAUCGGAUCUCAGGUUGACCAACUAGUCUUCGAAGAGUUGAUCAGAGAGAGAUUUCCCAAACUCGUUAAUCAUCUGGAUUACUUGGGAGUGCAGGUAGCAUGGAUCUCAGGGCCAUGGUUUCUUUCUAUUUUUGUGAAUAUUCUUCCUUGGGAAAGCGUUCUCCGGCUGUGGGAUGUGCUUCUAUUUGAAGGAAAUCGUGUUAUGCUUUUCCGAACAGCUCUUGCUUUGAUGGAAUUAUACGGUCCUGCAAUUGUUACAACAAAAGAUGCAGGAGACGCAAUUACUUUGCUACAAACCCUUUCUGGCUCAACGUUUGAUAGCAGCCAGCUUGUGUUGACUGCAUGUAUGGGUUAUUUAUCUGUAACAGAGGCCAGACUGCAGGACCUGAGAGUAAAACAUAGACCAGAAGUACUAGAAGUUGUUGAGGAGAGAACGAAGAGGGGUCGUGUCUGGAAGGACAAAAAGGGACUGGCUUCUAAAUUAUAUAGCUUCAAACACGAACGUUCUAUCUUAGAUGAGGAUAAAUCUGGUUCGCAGCAUCGUUCCUCUGAUUUGGAUGGUACACUUGAUGAUGCAAAUGUUGAUUCUGAACCAGAUUCUAUACCAGAUCUUCAAGAGCAGGUGGUUUGGAUGAAGGUUGAGCUAUGCAGGCUUUUGGAGGAGAAAAGAUCGGCUGUAUUGAGAGCUGAGGAGCUGGAGACCGCAUUGAUGGAGAUGGUCAAAGAAGAUAACAGGCUCCAAUUAUGCGCACGGAUCGAACAAUUGGAGCAGGAAGUGGGAGAAUUAAGGAUACUCCUUGCUGACAAAAAAGAACAAGAAUCGGCAAUGCUUCAGGUCCUGAUGAAAGUGGAACAAGAACAAAAGCUUACUGAAGAUGCUCGCAUAAGCGCAGAGCAAGAUGUAGCUGCUCAAAAAUACGCAGUCCAUAUAAUUCAGGAAAAGUACGACAAGGCUAUUGAUCAACUUGCUCAGAUGGAAAAGAGAGUGGUUGUGGCAGAAUCUACGCUGCAGGCUACUCUGCAAUAUGAAUCUGGUCAAAACAAAGCAUUAUCAUCUCCAAGGUUUGGUCGUGCUCAACAUGAUAGUCCUAAGAAGAAGACGGGCCUCUUAUCGUUUGGAUUUGGCUGGCGUAAUAAGGGUAAGCAACAAGAGGAAUCCAAUGAUGAUAACUCAAGUAAUUUGGCAUCAUCUCCCAAUUCUCCACCAAAUGAAAGUGUCUCAAGGCAUGGAAGCAACUCCUAUCGGGAAAGCAAUCUAUCGAAAGAAAGUAAAGCCGAAGAUCAAUCAGAUCACCAAACAAAAAGCUCAUCGGACAACCUCGUUGCUGGUUGAUCAUAUUAUUUUCGGGCCCGAAGAAAGACUGUCUCCUUUCCUCUUCCGCCCUCGAGAGCGUAUUUUUGGAUCCUCUUCACUGAUGGUAAUCUUCUUCUCUUUGUCUCGAUUCUGUUUGGCAGAAGAAACCGCAACAGCAAAGAACCAGCUUUGACGUUAGGAUCUUACUUGUGUCCCAAGCAAAGUAACGUAUGAAGCUGAGACAACACUUUGUUGCCAUUGCAAAUGUUCAUUCAUUUGAUUUGAGAUUCAAGUCAUGUUUUAUA